AGGAGGCCAGGUCUCCCUGCUGCUGUCGAGGGGCGCCUUGGCCUGAGUGGGGAGAGCCGCGCGUUCCCAUCUCCUCAGUUCUUGAUGGUGGACGUUUGGUUUGGUUUUUUGGUUAGGUUUUCUGGUCUGAACUGACAUAAUCCAGACUAGCCUCAGACUCAUGAUCCUCUUGCUUCAGUCACUGGGGUAUGGAAAGGACACGUGUAUACCUCCACUUUGGGGCAGGACAGGAGGCAGGGUCUCAUAGCCCAGGCUGCCUUUGAACUCCAUUUGUAUACACGCAUCCCUGUGAACUCCUGACCUUUACUCCAGAGUGAUCCCGGGUUUUGUGGUACAGGAACUCAGGGCCUAACACACUAGCUUCCCUUGUCGCUGCUGAAGACAGCGCAGAAUCAUCCCAUGUUGGUGGAGCUGAAGAAUGGGGAGACGUACAACGGGCACCUGGUGAGCUGCGACAACUGGAUGAACAUCAACCUCCGCGAGGUGAUCUGCACGUCGCGGGACGGUGACAAGUUCUGGAGGAUGCCUGAGUGCUACAUCCGUGGCAGCACCAUCAAGUACCUGCGCAUCCCUGAUGAGAUCAUCGACAUGGUGCGGGAGGAGGCCGCCAAGGGCCGAGGGCGAGGAGGACCGCAGCAGCAGAAGCAGCAGAAAGGCCGAGGCAUGGGAGGCGCUGGCCGAGGUGUGUUCGGUGGCCGGGGCCGGGGUGGCAUCCCAGGUGCAGGCCGAGGCCAGCCCGAGAAGAAGCCAGGGCGGCAGGCAGGCAAGCAGUGAACAGUCCCAGCCUGAGCUGAGCCCAGGACGGUGGGCGAGGCCUCAGGGCACCUUUGUGUGAAGCCCCACUUGGCAUUCUGGUCCAGUGAAGUCCCUGGCUGACCGCUGACUCAGUUUCUGGAAGGUUCCGAGUCUGAGGUACCUGUGGAGCCUUGGACGCCCUUUGAAGGACUGACUUCUUCCAGGCAUGUUUGAGUUUCAGUUGGAGCUGCAGGCUCAGCACAUGGCGGCUCGCCUGUCCUUUACCAGCCGCACCCCGUACGUCUUCUGUUUGAAAAAUAAAAGCAAACACCAUAGAA